AGGAUUCCGUAAAUCACACCGCCCAAUAUUUCGGUCAACAACACUAAAACAAAUACAUAAAACAUUUACGCACACUCACUCACAAUAUGGAUGGGUCUCACACACCCUAAGUUUUUCUUUCCCCUCCAUCAAUCUGCUUGCCAACGACUCGAAUCUAUAGAUCAGAUGGCAUUGUAAGUGGCUGUGGCUAUGGUUUUGAUCAAAAUUUCUCUUCAUUUUCACUGCUCAUCCUAAUUUUUCUUGGCCGGGAACCAAGAUGAAGAAACAAGGGGAAAAGACUCCAAAGGGAAGGAAAUAGCAGCUGGAAACAGUAGACGAAUCACAAGGCCCCCACUCAGUUUCUUAGCGAUUCUCUACGAACACGGCAUAGCCCUCGACACUUCUUGUCCUGACCAGCUCUGUCAGCAGCUUUAUGACGGUGUUUUCUUGAAGCCCAACAAACUGAAGUACUUUGUUGAUGAGAAGUCAAACAAGAACUGCUUCGUGCUAUUCGCAAGAGAACUCGCAGUCGUCCAUGGUGACAAUCCUGAUUAUUGGAGAUGGAUGGAAGAUAACGAAACAAGUGGGGAAGACAUUGAAGUGGCUAAGCUAUUGGCUGUUUGUUGGAUAGACAUCAAAGGCUAUGUCCGAAUAAUUAAUCUCUCUCCAGGAACUGUGUACGAAAUCGUAUUUGAAGUGAAGAAAUUUGAUGGCCGGAUGAACUCAGACUUCAGUUUUGAUCUUGUCAUCAAACCCCAGCACUCGAAAGCUUUGACGCGCACUGAAAGUUUUGAAGGAAAGCCUUUGGAGAAAUGGUUUGAGUUGCUGGUAGGUGAGUUCAUGAUGUCACCAGAGUACGUUGGAAACAUGGAAUUCGGUUUGGAGCAGCAUGAUGGGAGCUGGAAGAGUGGGCUUGUCGUGAAAUGUGCUAUCAUUCGACCUAAAGAAGUAGCCACAUGAAUUCUGGGAUGCUAUUCAUGAGAUUUAUGCCUGGCAGAUGUCAAGUUUGGGUUUGGUU